CAUAUGACAAAACAAAAAAAAACAUGGCGAACACAACAAAAGUUGUGAGAAACAAUGUCGACCUUUAGACAUUUUAACUUGCUCUGAGGGUGUAUAGAAUAACCCUAGAUCUUUGUAUUGGGUGGAGUGUAUUUUUGUAUUAUAUUGUGUUCAAUUAUAAGUACGUAGAUUAUACCUAGGCUAGGCAAACACUAAUGUCUUCUCCAAUGAGUACAAGCGAGCUAUCAGCGGACGAGAUCAGGCGCAGGCGUCUUGCUCGUCUGGGACAGUCCCCUGCGGUGUUGGCUACACCCUCUGGACAGUCAUCCGUUGCAACUAAUGUAGCCUCUCCUGAGAAUGUCAUUUUUCCCAAGCCAUCCUGCACUACCCCUGAGUCUGAGUCCCAGGAUAGUGCUUAUGGAUCAUUACCAUCUUCCCUGGAAUUUGAGGACACUGCUGAAGUGUCUGAGAAAAUGGGGAAGAGGUCAUCUCCAACCAUAUCAAUGUCCCCGACUGAGGGAUUUAAAUUCAAGCGCUCGAAGGACGGGUCAGGCUCCUGCAGGGAUACUGCUGUCUCCCCACAGUCUUUAAAGGUAAAUAAUGUCACUGAAGAGCAACUUCUCUCUGCUGUUAGAAACAUAUUUCAUGUUUCCUGGAAGAAGGGAUCUUUGGAAGACAAAUCUGUAACAUAUUUGGCUGGAGUGGCUGCUGAGCAUUUAGACAAUUCUACCACAGUCUAUGUAGAUAUGGUUGAUUUAAUGAACCAAGUACUGAUGGAACAGCUAGUUCCUGAAGACAAUGCUCUACUGAGCAACCAGGACAGCUCUACAAUCGCGGAAGAAACUUCUCAAAUGGUAAUAGACGAUGACAAAAUGGAGCCGAAACAUUCAGCUCAAUCCUCAAACUCUCCAGGGACUUCAACUGCUGGCUCUCAGACUAAUGGACUGGCCAGCAAAGAAGGGAAUAUCUCUGGGAAGAAACCCAAGGAUAACAGGUUAAGCUAUUUGAUGGAGUGUUAUGAGAGAGUUGGAUCACUGGAAAAGAUGUUUCCUAAGAGAUCUCAAGAUAGCAAAUGGGUGGAUUUUCUGAGGCAGGCCAAGGGACAGUGUACUUCAUUUGCUCUACUCUUAAUGCAGGGUGUCCUUACUGAAGAAAGUAAGCCCUCACCCAAGACAUUACCACUAGUACAUUAUUUGGCCCAUGAGAGGACCAAAGUCCCCCCUGGAUUUCUGGUAGAUCUGGUCAUGAUGGCUGUACGUGACACAGAUACAUUAUCACAGGUUUUUACUCCAGUUCUGUUGGGAAUCAUGAAGGAAAUGAAGAACUCAUCAUUAGCCAAAGAUGAUUACAAAUUUCUACUAUUGAGUUUGGCCGAGUUGUGUAAUAUCAGGACAGGGAGCAGCUCUUUGCGACCAAUUUGUAAUAUGCUUGUCAAGCUUUCCUGCUGGUGUCCAGCUCCUCUCUCUGCUGCUGCAGGAAGAGAGAUCGAGAAGCUGUCUUUCCUUGGGGCAUUCUUGAGCAUGUCUGUAUUUGCUGAGGACAGUUCCCAGGUUGUUGAUAAGUACUUCUCUGCCAAGUGCAUGACUACGGAAUAUGUUAAGCUCACCACGUCAUCACUGCAAACAGCCAUGCAAGGGGUCAGGAUGGAGUUAUUCAACAUCAUACACAGUCUGUUGGUCUCUAAUGGCAGCAAGGAGGCGUGCCUGCAGUACUUGUCAGCAGUGUUGCAGCGCAAUCAGAAAAAAGCACAAAUGCAGGCGGAUGACCGACAGGUUGCAUCAGAUGGUUUCGCUCUCAACCUCAUGGUCGUCCUACAGCAACUGUGUGUCAAGGUCAAAGUAGAAAAGAUUGAUAACUUAUAUUUAGUCCACCCAAAAAGCAAACUCGACCUGUCCCAGGAGACACGCAUCAAGGCCACCAAGGAUGAUGUACAAAAGUUCAAAGAGGAGUUAGGGUCCCGUGGUGGGGCGUGGCUAGAAGUGAAAUUUCCCACCGAAUGCUUCUUCAUGACAUUCCUGGCUCAUCACCAGGCAAUCUUACCAUGUUGUCGGAGGUACUCACGGCGCCUGCGCGCUAUCCGGGACCUGACACGCAUGAUUGAGCACCUUGAGACACAGGAGAGCGAGUGGAUGGAGACACCCAUGGCGUCACGCAACAGGGGUCUUCUCAAGAAGUGGAGGGGACAGGUUGAGAAACUGGCAACUAGCAAGAUGUGUUCAGAUGCUGGUUUGCUGGAUGAUACCCUCCUCCAGGGCUGCAUCAGGUUCUACGGCAUGGCGGCACAGUGGAUGUUGACACUUGUAGACUCUCAAAAUGAAGGCCCUUCUUUGCCUCUCCCUGAAGCAGUACCCAAACAAUUUGCCACCCUUCCUGACUUCUUCAUUGAAGACAUUGCCGAGUUUCUUCUUUUUAUUAACAUGCAUGCCCCGCAGGUGUUUGAGGAUCCAGUAGUGACAGAUAUCGUAAAGUUCCUUAUCAUUUUCGUCUGCUCGCCAAACUACAUCUCUAACCCCUACCUUGUUGCCAAGCUCGUUGAGGUGAUCUUUGUGGUAAACCCAAGUAUUCAGCCUCGUACGGUGAAGGUCCAUGAGCUGUUGAUGGGUCAUCCACUCUCUCUAGCUCAUCUAGCCCCAGCUCUCAUGACCUUCUACACAGAGGUUGAGAGCACAGGUAGCUCUAAUGAAUUCUACGACAAGUUCAGCAUUCGUUACCACAUCUCUAUCAUCAUGAAGAGCUUGUGGGAGGACCCUGUGCAUCGCAUGUCUAUCAUCAAGGAAAGCAGGUCAGACCGGUUUGUCCGGUUUGUGAACAUGCUGAUAAAUGACACAACAUUCCUGUUGGAUGAGUCUCUAGACUCACUUAAGAGCAUUAAUGAGACACAGCAGAUGAUGGCUAAUCCUGCAGAGUGGGAAGCACUGACGAGGGAAAUACGUACAAGCCGUCAACGGCAGCUUGUGACAGACGAGCGCCAGUGUCGUUCCUACUUGACCCUGGCCUCAGAGACAUUGGACAUGAUGCACUACCUGACCCGCCACGCCAGGGAACCAUUCCUUAGACCAGAGCUGAUUGACCGUCUAGCCGCCAUGCUUAACUUUAACCUGCAGCAGCUGUGUGGGCCAAAGUGCCGCAAUCUCAAGGUAAAGAAUCCCGAAAAGUACGGAUUUGAACCUAAGAGCCUUUUGGACAGACUCACGGACAUCUAUGUGCACCUGAACACUGACGAGUUUGCCACCGCUGUCGCAUCUGAUCAGCGUUCCUACAGAAAAGAGCUAUUUGAUGAUGCAUGUAGGCACUUGCACAAGACCCUGCUCAAAUCAGCGGAUGUGAUUGUUGAGUUCCAGCGGUUUGCUAACCGAGUGGAGCAGAAGGUCGUGGAAAUCGCAAUGAAAGAGGAAGACCUAGAUGAUGCCCCCGAGGAAUACAAAGAUCCGCUGAUGAUGACGGUGAUGGAGGACCCGGUUAUCCUACCAACAAGCGGCAAGGUGAUGGAUCGUGCUACUAUUACGCGCCAUCUUCUAAAUUCAACGACCGACCCAUUCAAUAGGCAGCCACUCAGCCUGGACAUGCUACAACCAGCCACGGACCUCCAGCAGGAAAUUCUCGCCUGGAUCCAGUCAAAGAAAGCCGACAGACAGUGACAAUUCCGCCCGAAAUAUAUUGAUGCUACCUUUAAAUUUGAUCUGCUGCUGACGUAUUUAAAUGUUAUAACUUUAUUAAUCGAAUGAUCCAAAUAAAGCGUUUGGGUGGUUUGUA